CAGACAUAUAUCCGCUGUUUCCGUCUCAAUUUCGCUUAUACAGUUGGUUUCUUUUUUCUUUUCAUAAGCCCAAACCCUAAAGAAUCAUUGAGGGAGAGAGAGCCUGAUUGCACUCCAUUGCUAAUGGAGUUCUUUUAACUAGCGUCUCUCUCUUUUUCUCGAUUCACAUUUGAAUGUUAGAGCACGUACCUUGGGCGUCUUGGAAGGAAAACUCUUCUCCCUUUGAAAUUUUUUGACGUUCUUUGAUCGAAAUUUAUAUAGAUAUUUAGCAGCAUUCUUGAAUUUUAAGUUUUGGUAGACGAUAAUGGCUGGAUCAGACGAAAACAACCCGGGUGUGAUCGGACCCGUUAAUGUCCAAGGGGGUUUACGUGCCGGAGUUGGGAAGUUCACGGCGGCGGCGGCAACGACGGGAAACAACCGCAGGGCGUUGAGCAGCAUCAACCGAAACAUAAUUGGAGCUCCACCUUACCCUUGUGCAGUCAAUAAAAGAGGUCCAUCGGAGAGACAAGCAAUCUGUGGCAAGAAUCCAUCUAUCCCAGUGCAUCGACCAAUCACUAGGAAGUUUGCUGCCCAACUUGCUAACAAGCAGCAACCUAAACCAGAGGAAAUCAAGAAGCCAGAUCAUUCAAUCCCAAUUUCAAGUGAUCCGGAAGAUUGCACUAUCAUAGAUGCAGAAGACUAUAAUAAGACCAAUGGGGACUUCUCUGUGCCCAUGUUUGUGCAACAUACAGAAGCAAUGCUGGAAGAGAUUGAUCGAAUGGAAGAGGUGGAAAUGGAAGAUGUUGUGGAAGAGCCGUUUAUGGAUAUAGACAGCUAUGACAAGAAAAAUCCAUUAGCAGUGGUGGAAUACAUUGAUGAUUUGUAUAAUUUCUAUAGAAAAGCUGAGUUAUCUUCCUGUGCCCCAUCAAAUUACAUGUCACAACAAUCUGAUAUAAAUGAGAGAAUGAGAGGUAUUCUAAUUGACUGGUUGAUUGAGGUGCAUUACAAGUUUGAAUUGAUGGAUGAGACCUUAUAUCUUACUGUCAAUCUGAUUGAUAGAUUUUUAGCCGUUCAUCCUGUAGUGAGAAAGAAACUCCAGCUGGUUGGGGUGACAGCCAUGCUUCUUGCAUGCAAAUAUGAAGAAGUAUCAGUUCCUGUUGUGGAGGAUCUCAUUCUAAUUUCUGACAAGGCCUACAGCAGAAAAGAAGUUCUUGACAUGGAGAAAUUGAUGGUCAAUACCUUACAGUUUAAUGUAUCUGUUCCAACUCCAUAUGUUUUUAUGAGAAGGUUUCUCAAAGCUGCUCAAUCUGACAAGAAGCAGCUGGAGCUUCUGUCAUUCUUCAUCAUCGAGCUUUGCCUAGUCGAAUAUGAAAUGCUCAAGUUUCCACCGUCUGUAUUAGCUGCUGCUGCAAUUUAUACUGCCCAGUCCACCCUGAGUAGAUUUAGGCACUGGAGCAAGACUAACGAGUGGUAUACUAGUUACUCAGAAGAGCAGCUUCUGGAAUGCUCGAGGCUUAUGGUUAAGUUUCAUCAGAAUGCUGGAAGCGGGAAGCUUACAGGUGUGCAUAGGAAAUACAGCGUAUCAAAGUUUGGCUUUGCUGCAAGAACUGAACCUGCUAACUUUCUACUGGAUACUAGAUUGUAGAGCAGGAAGAAAGAAAGAAAGAGACUCACUAACUUUAUUCUAGAAGUAUUUGGAAUGUGUGGUAGAGCAACUCAAGUUGCCCCUGUUGGGCUUCAUGUUCUUUUGAGUUUUCUCUUUUUUUCUGAAAAUAGCAAGAUUCUGUGCAGGAUGUUGUUGUUUCUCUUUUCCUCCAAGAGUAAAAUAAUUUUUAAUUUCA